AUGUACAUCUAUUUUGGCUUGAUGUAUUAUAACCCUUAUGCCAUCUACAAGGCAUUUUUCCUCGUAGUGGAGACUGAAUUUAGGCUUGGAGCUCAGGUCCGGGCCUUCUGGCAAUGGACUGUAGACGGCCAAGGGAACGAAAAUCAAGACAAACUCUGCUGGGGAACAGUUAACAAGGUCGAUGAUACAAAUUAUCCCACCGGAGCCCGCACAUUUGGGAUAUUCUAUGACUUAUAUUAUCCGUUUGAUCUCGUUGUUGAUGAUGACAAUAACAAAAUUGCCCUGACCAUGUACGAGUAUCCCAAAUCAGAUCCUAACUGUCGUGAGAUAGCCAACUUCGACCUUUCUCGUGUAUAUUCAUGCAGGACGACAGCUGCAGACUAUAACCCUGUUCGAGCAUUACCUGUGAUUCGGUAUUACCAGUUGGGCUACUGGAUGAGCAAUCUCUUCGCCAUGAUUGUCCCUUACAAUCUUUGUGAAGGAGAUCCUAUUUGGUGUACUUGUCAGGACAACAAAUAUGUGUAUUUCUAUCACACUCCAAUGCACGUUGUGGACCAAGAUGACAGCACAAUUACCGUUACAUUCUACGUGGAUGAAUACAAGGCGAAGAUGGUUCUGGCCAAAGAUGAUGACGACUGGUAUUGCUUAAGUUGGGAGAAAGAAGAUACAAAGGAAACAUUGACUACAUACACUGGUGUCCUCUUGAAAAUGAAGCUUGAUUCCAGCCAUGUUUCUACAUUACCUGUAUCAAUUGCAAAGGCUGAGCUUCCCAUUCCAGAUCUUCAAAAAGUUGAUUAUGCUUCAAUCCAGUCUGCUCAUGAUCCAAAUCUUCCACUUGAACCAUUUUCACACUUUAGUAAUGAAAUUUCAAGGACUUUACUUUUAGGGACUACAUCUAAAGUCAUCAAUGAUACCAAUGAUGCCAUCCUGUGCACACUUGAAGAGUCUGGAACAUCAGUCAAAGGUAAAGUACUUGCAGGUCUGGGUAUGGGCCUAGGCAUAUUAGGUAUACUCCCUCUUGGAGGAGCCUCAACACCAGUUGCUGUUAUUGGAGCAUUGUUUGCUGGUGUAGGACUUUUUGAUGCCUUUAACGAACCUAAAUCUGAGGUCAAAAAACUUCUUUUUCCCAAUGAAGACAUGUCUCGUGAAGCUUCUGGUGGAAUAUUUGUUACUAGUAACAAUGAUUUGAAAAUUAUGCAUGUGCAGAUUAAAGACAAAGUGCUUACUUUCCGUGUUGCUAUGAUAGAAAGAGUGGAUGAAGAUACAAUAUAUCUGAGCUCCAAAAUAAACCAAAAAAACCUUUUCACAACAUUGAUGGAAAUUUCGUGGAUGAAUUUUGACAAUCAGGUCAUUCAGGCAUGCAAGUUUGUGAAGAUUUCGAAUCUCGUUCCCAUUGACAAUGCCUCUCAAAAACUCGCUGACCUUUCUGAAGAAGUCUUAUACAAUCUGUCAGAUGGACAAAUGAUCUCAGACCAUGGUGGGUCAGAGACCCUGUGCAACACCUUGAACAAGAGCUCAUCUACGGGUGACCUACUUUUCCAAUUUAGCAAUCCUGAGUCUCAAACCAACGCCAUAUUGAUCCACGCUUAUGUUGCAAAUUCUACUCGCAGCUAUGAUGUUAUCACUAUCCCAAAUUCAAAACUUACAGUUCUGAAAAUGACCAAAUGCCGUAUUGUUAUUGAUGACGAAUACCGCAACUCCAUUUCAACUCCCAGAACAGCUGAAAAUGAUGCCUAUGAACAGAUAGUGAAGAAUGGUGGCUAUUAUGCCUAUAGCUGGAGCACAAGAGAGAAAGUUUUUGCUUAUAAGCUCCAGGAUCUAUCAAAUGGCGCAUCUAUCAAUUGUACCAAUGAUUCCAAACAUAUAGUUUACAUUCCCAUUUCCGGGUGGAUGCCGUGGCAGAGGAUGGUACAAAAAGGAUAA